CAAAAUCUCGAGUCCAGGAAGUGCACUUUUCCCGUACUUCUUCUCAACACCUGCAUUUCGCUGACUUCCUUGCAUUUGUUUGAGCCAGCCUGUUCCAAAUAGCAGUCGCAAUGGCCAAGGAAGAAGUGGACUACACAAUCAAGCCGGAGGCUUCUUCCUCCAACAUUUCUACAGAGGACUGGCCUCUGCUCCUCAAAAAUUAUGACAAGCUUCUCGUGAGGACUGGUCAUUUUACCCCCAUUCCCGCUGGUUGCUCUCCUCUCAAGCGAGACCUCAAGUCGUAUAUCAGUUCCGGUGUGAUCAAUCUCGACAAGCCUUCCAACCCAUCCAGCCAUGAAGUCGUUGCUUGGAUGAAGAGAAUUCUGAGGGCGGAAAAGACGGGACACAGUGGAACUCUCGAUCCCAAGGUCACCGGCUGCUUGAUUGUUUGCAUUGAUCGCGCUACUCGUCUCGUCAAGUCCCAACAAGGUGCUGGAAAGGAGUACGUCUGUGUCAUUCGCUUGCACGACAAGAUCCCUGGUGGUGAGGCUCAAUUUAAGAGGGCUUUGGAGACCUUGACUGGUGCCCUCUUCCAGCGUCCUCCCCUUAUUUCUGCUGUCAAGCGUCAACUCCGUAUCAGAACCAUCCACGAGAGCAAACUGUAUGAGUUCGACAAUGAGAGACAUCUCGGUGUCUUCUGGGUCAGCUGUGAGGCUGGUACCUACAUCCGUACCCUCUGUGUUCACCUCGGUCUCCUUCUUGGUGUCGGUGCUCACAUGCAGGAGCUGAGACGUGUGCGCAGUGGAGCCAUGGACGAGAACAAGGGCAUGGUUACUCUCCACGACGUUUUGGACGCCCAGUGGAUGUAUGACAACCAGAGGGACGAGACUUACCUCCGCAAGGUCAUCAAGCCUCUGGAGACUCUCCUCACAAGCUACAAGCGUAUCGUUGUCAAGGACAGCGCCGUCAACGCUGUGUGCUAUGGUGCCAAGCUCAUGAUUCCUGGUCUUCUCCGCUUCGAGGCUGGUAUUGAACUUAACGAGGAGGUUGUGCUCAUGACUACCAAGGGUGAGGCCAUCGCUAUUGGUAUUGCCCAAAUGUCCACCGUUGAGCUUUCCACCUGCGACCACGGUGUUGUUGCCAAGGUCAAGCGUUGCAUCAUGGAGCGUGACCUGUACCCCCGCCGCUGGGGAUUGGGCCCUGUUGCUCUGGAGAAGAAGAAGCUCAAGUCUGCCGGCAAGCUUGAUAAAUACGGCCGGACUAACGAAGCCACCCCCGCCAAGUGGAAGAGCGACUACAAGGAUUACUCUGCACCAGAGGAAGCAUCUGCUCAGGCAGAAGUUGAGGGCACUUCCAAGGAAGAGACCGCUGCCCCCGAGGCUGAUGUCCCAUCGUCCCCACAGAGCAAGAUGGAUGUUGAUGAGGAUGAUGACAAGAAGAAGCGCAAGAGACAUGAGGGGGAAACCCCCGAGGAGCGGGCUGAGCGUAAGCGCAAGAAGAAGGAGAAGAAGGAAAAGAAGGAACGGAGGAAGUCCAAGCAGGAGAAGGACGACAGUGACGACAGUGAUUAAGUCCUUCCAGGAAGUCACUUGCCAGGCUCUGACUGAAAAGCGCUUCUUCGCUGAAAAUGCAUCUACGCGCUCACGCAUUCUUAUCUCAGGGCCUCCUUACUUGGGCAAGAUUCCUGUAUCAUAUUUGUUUCUUCUAUCGGAGUCUUGGGUUGAAAAGGGAAUGAAUUUUAAUUUAUCUGGUUUCUUAUCUAUGUUAUCGUUCAGUAUCAGUACUUAGCUUCGAGACAAAGCAAAAAUAUUCAAUAUAUUCGUGUACUGAAGUCUUGGGGAUAUUGACUCUUAUUUAACGAAUCGAAUCAAGCAUCAGAUCAGUCACUUUGUGGUGGUUGGAUGUCGCUCUGAUGAUGCAC